GGUUUUUUCACUCCUAGUGCGACCGCUAUGACGUGAUGUUACCCUAUCAGACGGUUCCGAUGGACUAUACGGGCGCUCUGGGGCGGCCCGCGACAACCGCUGCUGCCGCCGCCGCUGCCGCCUUCACACACUCCUGCAUCCUCGAGCUGCGGAAAGAGAAGUCUCGGGACGCGGCUCGAUCGCGAAGAGGGAAGGAGAACUACGAGUUCUACGAGCUGGCGAAGAUGCUGCCCCUCCCCGCGGCGAUCACCUCCCAGCUGGACAAGGCCUCCAUCAUCAGGCUUACCAUCUCCUACCUCAAGCUGAGGGACUUCUCCGGCCACGGCGACCCGCCCUGGUCGAGGGACAAGCCUGCCUUCUCCAAGUCCAUAAACAGCGGAGUAACAAGUACAACAGCGAAUAUUGCACACGAAAUAUUCGAACACCACCAAGGAACACAUAUAUUACAGUCCUUGGAUGGCUUUGCCUUCGCCCUCGGAAUAGAUGGAAGGUUCUUGUACAUAUCAGAAACAGUUUCGAUCUACCUCGGUCUUUCACAGGUGGAGAUGACGGGUUCGUCAAUGUUCGAUUACGUCCACCACCAAGACCACAGCGAGGUGGCCGAACAACUCGGGCUAGGUCUCAACAGCAGUGGCCAAGGGAGCCUCGGGUCCCCGCAGAGCUCUGAGGAGGGAACCACCUCGUCCCCAGUGAUGACGCUUAACUCAACCUCAACGUACAAAGGCUUCGACAGAACGUUCUGCGUGAGAAUGAAGUCGACCCUCACGAAAAGAGGAUGCCAUUUCAAGUCUUCCGGAUACAGGGUAGUUCUGCUACUUUGCAGGCUGAGGCCGCAGUACCAGUUCUCGCACUCCCGCAAAUCCUCCCCACCGUUGCUGGGUAUGGUCGCAUUGGCCAUCGCACUCCCGCCUCCUUCGGUCCACGAGAUACGGCUCGAAUCCGACAUGUUCGUAACCAGGCUAAACUUCGACUUCACAAUAGCCCACUGCGAGCCAAGGGUAUCAGAACUUCUCGAUUACACGGCGGACGAAAUCACUGGCAUGAACAUGUAUACUCUAUGCCACGGCGAGGACGCCCAUCGACUUAGGAAAAGCCAUAUCGACUUAAUCAACAAGGGACAAGUUUUGACGCAUUACUACAGAGUGAUGAACAAAAAUGGAGGAUACACCUGGGUUCAAACCUGUGCAACAGUGGUUUGCAACUCCAAAAAUGCCGACGAACAGAACAUAAUCUGCGUCAAUUAUGUAGUGAGUGGUCGAGAAUAUAAGAACUUGAUAAUGGACUGCUGUCAGUUGGAAGACCACGUAGCUUCUAGAGGAGUCAAGAGGGAAGAUACAAGCGGAAACGAUCCAGAAAAUGGUUCUCCAGGCUCAGAUACCGGUGAAGGGAGAAGUACAGGAGGACCUCACCAUCCCGAGAGACACUUGGCAGGGCCAGACCUAGAAGAAGAUGGGGCUGAAGGGCCUAGUGAACAAAGAGGAAGGGGGAUCAUGGAUCACACAACUCAGUUGCAUGAUCAUUCUCAGAUCAACAAUGUGCUCACAAGGCCUAUUAAGAAAGUUGUGAAUGAAAGGAGAGGUGUAAAAAGAAAAGUUGGAGAAGAAGAAAGCAGUUGUAGUUCAGAUGAAGAAGAACGUAGUGUAGGAGUAAGGAAACGUUAUCCUGUAUUAAGCCCUGCUAGUUCUUCGUGCCACUCUUCAGCACUUGCAGCUAGCCCUAAGGCUCCGCCCGAAGACAGUGAUGGGGGAGGAACAUCUGUAAAAGAUCUUGAACAAGCCAUGUCAAAACAUUUACCAGCAAUGGACAAAUCAGCUACACCUACAACACAUCAACCGACCGAUUUUAGUACAGACACACUCCUGAAGGCUCAGCAGCAAAGAAGUACAAUACAAUGGAUUGGAACACAUCACCAUUUGAGCCACCUGGGAGGACAACAGACGGGAAGUUUACCAGCAUCGACCCUCCUCAGGCAGCUCUACGCAGCAAACCGAGAAAGUGUAAUUCGCGCAAAUGUACAAGCUGGAAGGUCAGGGCCAGGCUAUUACUCAGACAUGAAUCAUUCUGGACCAUUGCCUACCCCUCCAGGAAGUGAUGGCAGCUACAGCGACCAGUUUGUUCUUCAUAAUCAAAAGAAUGACUUUGGGCUCUACUCAGGAGGUGGAUACACAGUUGACUACCAUUCGGCUAUGACUCCUCCUUCUUCCGUUUCACCUCGUGAUAAGCAUCAGCAGCAAAUUCAUUCUGGUUUUGAAAGUCCAGUAUACAGCGAGGUGCUGAGGCACCAGUACCUUGGAGGUGAAGCACCUGCGCAACCAUUACCCCUGAAGCCUCAGCCAUAUCCCAUGCACCCAGGUGCAUUGGAUUAUGCAACUACUUCUCUUGACCAACAGUUUUACCAUCACUCAGCACCAUCAACAGGUUUUCAUCUCUACCACCCGUCCAAUAAAACAACUUCGGUUAGCCCAGGUGUAUAUACAGACCCCCUAAAAAAUACUUCAAACUGGUACUCAACACCGUCGUAGUCCAUUUUGAAGUAUGAAUUUUUUACAAAGACUUUGAAAUGAGAUUUUCAAAUCACUGUAUAUUUCUUGUACAAAUUAUUAGCAUUGUUAAUGUAAUUAUUUUAUUUGCUUUAUCGUUUUUUAUCCAUAUCACACUGAUAUGGAAUUCGAUGAUACAUUUGUAGAUAGUAAUUUUUAAGGACUGUAACUAAAACUGUGAAUAUAUUAUAAAACAUUGUCGCAAUUUUAUAAUUUAAAUUCGGUCUCAACGGUAUGAUGUGUAAUGGAUGCUUUUAUGCAUUUUGUGUUAUCGUAAAAUUAUACAGAGCUGUUUAUCUAUUGUGUUAUUGCAAAUUGUGUUCAUGGGGGAUAAUAUAGUAUGUGGAAAUAUCAAUUAAGGGACUUAAAAUGUGUAAAUUGUACAAUUAAUUACAAUAUUUGUAAAUAGUAAAACUGUACGUAUAAUGCCAUGGAUGUGAGCUACCAUAUGGAUAGCUGUAAUUCAAGCAGUAUUAUUAAAUUUAUAAUUAAAAUAAUGCAUGCCAGUAACGUAACAUGUAGCAUUCUAAUUUUUAGGUUAUAACAAGAAACAUAUCUCCAGUUCUACAAUAUAUUUUAUUUUUUAAAAAUGAUCUCAAAAAAUAUAUAUUUCUGCUGUAAUUUAAUUUAUAUACAAACAUAUGCAAUUCAUUAUUUCAAAAAACAAGAAACAUCUAUUUUAUGUUAGAAAUAUCCUUCUCAAUAUGAGAUGGAGAUAUGUAUCAGAGCCUUAUCAUUUUUCUUUAUAUUAUUUUUUUUUUUAAUUAAAGUUCUUUUACAUAUCAGGAGAAUAUAAAUCUGAUUAUGUAUAAAUAAGUAUGUUGUUAUGUACUGUUAUAAUUUGUUAGUUUCUUAAGUUUUAUUUGUCCAUAGGUGUAAUACAAUGAAGUGUUAUGAACAUUGGACAGAAAAAAUGACUGGAAUGGCUUACGGAAAUUAUUAGUAUUGUGGCAAAGCCAAAGUUCAAUUGAUUUAUUGUUGUUUCUUUAUUUAGCUAAUUAGGUAUCCUUUAUACUAGUGCAAUCAUUUGUUUUGUUUUUUAAACAGUUGUAAAAACAUGUAAUAUUGAAGUUUGACAAUAUUAUCAAGUAAAAUCGGUUCUUCAAGAACUUUAUUUUCGCUCAAACUGUUUCUAUGUGCAAUACAUUCCUUUUUAAAAAUUAUUUAACAGUGUAUUUUGUAGAUUAUUUGUUCAUAUCAAAUAUAACUGUUAUUUCAUUGAA